GACUGUUCCAAUAUAACCUCGUUUGCAGCACUCGUCUCACACACGCUGUUAUAAAAAAUAUUGAAUAAAAAUGAGUGUUUAUAUCGGUGGUUUUAUAUGCGCUCUUGUAUUGGCCGCACUGGUCAUCGUUUGGAUAGCCUACUGCAUGUUCAUAAGGGAACGUGCGAAGUCAGAAGACCUUCAAUACACAAUAUCGGACAUACAGCAUAGGAACUAUCUGUUCUCUCAAGAGCAAGAAACUCCGGUGAAAGAGAAGAAACUAACUGCGGGGAUUUUCGUGUUGCCUUCGCGCCAUAAGCAAACCGAGGACGAUUACCGCAACAGACCGGAUUACCCUGAGAGUCCGCUGCCGAUAUCACAGCCGAGCACAGAGAAAUUAAUAGAAAUCCUUAAUGAGGAUCCUAAUGUUCAUUACAUGGACGGUAUAUGCGAAGGCAACUCUAUAACGCCAUAUCACAGCGAUGUAUAAUGAAGCAAUUAAUAUAACAACUCACACAAUGGCACAUGAAUUGUACUUGUUAUCUACACCUUCCGAGAUUAUUACGUCUGAAAUGUACUUUUAAAACGUUUUUAAUAAAAUAAUAAAAAUUACAAA